AGAAUAACUAUUUGUUCACAAUUAAUGAGGAGUAAGAAAAUGAAAAUCUUACCUGUUGAAUUAUGACACCUGAAAAAAGAGGGAGUUGGUCCUCAGUGUAGCUCUGAAUGUAAAUAAAGUUAAAACGAAGGUAAAUGAAACAUAAGAGGCGCCGUGGUUCAGGCGCAUCGUGUAAACAUCAGGCCAACUGCGACGAAGAAGAACGAUUCCGGAAGUUAGGAUCCAUCAGUGAAGACUUGGGGACAGAAGACCAAAUAAUUUCAUUGUAAAAUGGCUUUUGUGUCCAACACUGAUGAUUUAUUUGACUCCAUUAUCAUGGCCGAUGACAGGUUUCAUGAUGAAGGGUAUCAGGAAGGGUUUGAGGAGGGGACUCGUCAGGGAACCAUCGAGGGCAGAAACCACGGGAUGCUACACGGAGCCAAACUCGGGGCAGAGGUUUCUUUUUAUUAUGGAUUUGCCCUUGCAUGGAAAUGUCUCCUUCAAAACAGUAGUGAUGUUAAAGCAAGAAAAAGGCUAAAAGCGAUGGAAUCUUUGAUUGGAUUGAUCCAAAACUUUCCAUAUGUGGAUCCUCAAUAUGAGAAACUUCAAGAGGACAUGGAAAGGGUGCGUGCCAAGUUUAGACAGGUGUGCUCUUUACUGAAUGUGGCAACAGACUUUAAAGAAUAUGUGAGUGGAUCAACAGGAAUGUCAUUCUGAGAGGACAGGAGCCUUACAGCAGCCAUGGCAAACUCAGAGCGACCUCCGAGGCCUCCUGUGAGCACACCGCGAUGAUCUUCUGCAGACAGACCGUCCUGAUGAGGGGGUUUGUGGUGUUCAUGUGCCGUGUGGACGCUCUCACUGGACUCGUAAGGCAGAAUUCUGGAACAGCUCUUUAAACUGAAUUCUAGAAAACAGAGUGGAAGAGUUUGAGUGGUAUUCUUUGGUGUUUGAGGGUUUUAAAGUGAGAUCAACAGGGGUGAAAUAGCAAUGGCAGUGAUAUGAGUUCAUUUAAUGUACAAGACAAGCCAAAGCCACCGUCUUCAUAAGAAUGUUCCAUCUUCCAAGAUGUUGUUUUAGCAAUUUUAACCCUUCUGUGUGUGGAUUUCUACAAAGAAGAUGACUAGGAACACCAUCUUGUGGUGAAUUUGGGAGGAAGGCUCUUCCCGUUAGGUGGCACCGCCUGCUGGUAAACUGCAAGUACUGCAGGAUUGUUACUUGUAAAAUCAAUAUUAAACUGGAUAUAAUAAGCAGCACAGACAGUUUUGCAUUUACAUUUUACAUACAGUUUUUGACUCUUAAAAUGCUCUAUUGGUAAGUCCAUGUCUAUAAUAAGAGACAUUUCAGAAUAAAAUAAAUGAUUUACAUUUAUUAUUUUGAGCUGUCUAAAUUGAUUCUUCUCAUUAUAUUUUGUUGUUAAUGAUAAUAACAAUGAUAUUUUCAAAUGAUUUUUAUUAAUACUUGUUUAUGUUGAUGUUGCAUGUUGUCUGUCCUUUAUUUCAAUUCAUCACGCAUCUAUUAGAUAUUUUAUUAUAUCAUUUGGAGCUAGCGAUUGUGAUUUUACAUUACACAUCUGCCAUUUGCAGAAAUCCCAUUUACCCCUAGUCUAAGCUAACCAGCCCUGAAUCCUAAGAAAUUCCUCUGCUGGGUUCCUCAGUGCUUUUUCAUGGGUGGUCAGCAGAGUCUCCUGACAGAUAGUUUUCCUCCCCUCUCCUGGGCCCAGAAUGGGGACAGUUGCUGUGGCCGCAACAAUGCUGUAGUGGGGCCCGUGCGAGAGGCCAGGGGGCUGCGCGACGCACUCUGGUUUUGUUCAGCUCCCUUCACACUUGAAGUCUGAGGUGCAGAUCAGAAUUCAGGCAGACAGGAGUUGGCAGCAUAUUAGAGGGUGUUUCUAGAGAUGGCAGCUGGUCUACGCUGUGGGCAGCAGCAGGUAAACACUAGGCCCGUUGGCGGCACCUUCUGAGCCCUGACAGAUAAAACCCUGCUCUUCCCUGAAGACCUCCAGUCAGCCGCUACAUCGGUCAUUUUGUGCUGGUGGAGUCAUACAAAGUUUGGCUUAGGCAUUAAUUGGAAGCCAAGGCUACAUAUAUUACACAGUAAUGGGAAAUGAAUAUCAUUAGAAAUGAACAAAAUUAGUUAAAAAUAACAUCAAACCAAGUGUCAUUUGCAAAUAGAUGAUGCUAGAGCUUUUCUUUGAACUGACUUUGAGUCAUUUUUGCUUUAAAAGAAGUGACGCUGAAGUUAUUUUAAAGAAUGUGGUGCAAUAUGGAGUCAGUUCGCUCAGAUGUAUUUCUUCACAUAUGUAAAGUCUCGCAACCACAAAAUGUCACAAUAUCGGUUUAUCCUCUAAGUCUUAUGCUGCUGUUCUUUAAAAUAAACCCAUCUUGGUUUGAUAUUUUGGCAACCUGUACAAUGAAUGAUUCUAAUGCAUUUUUAAUUGAGGUUCAAGUUUCAAGAUGCUUAUUAGAGACAUUGCACGUUAAAGAAAUAAUCCAAAAUAAAUACAUAAAAUAAAAUGCUCAUUUACUCAUAAUCUGUCAUUCAAAACAUAUAUAAAAGAAGAUAUUUUAGGGUUGAAACAACGUCGGAUUACAUUGACUUUCAUUGUUUGAAUAAAACAUUCAAAUAUUUUCUUAUCUAGAAGAAAGUCAUUCGAUUUGGAAUAACAUGAUUCAAUUUUCUAAAUACUUUUGGUGCCACUGUAUAUCACGUUCAAAAAAUUGUAUCAUCCAAAAAUGUUACAUUCUGUCAUCAAUUAUUCAUCCUCCGUCAUUCCAAACUUGUAUGAAAGAAGAUAUUUUGGGUUUGAAGCAACACUGGAUCCCACUGACUUUCAUUUCUCAUUCAAAUUUGAUAUUUUUAUUCUAAGAAUAAAGUCAGUCACACAGGUUUUGAUCAGCACGAGGACGAGUAAAUGAUGACUGAAUGUUCAUUUUUGUGUGAAUUAUCCCUUUAACGUUUUCAUAUUGUGAUCUGAUGAGUGGCAGUAGAGUCAGUUGUCUCUUUAUUAUUUGUUUGAUCCAUAAAUGAUACAUCAUCUUUUUCAGACAUUGUGUGUGUGAGCGAGAGAGCGAGGGGGAGACUAAUUCCAAAUGCAGAACAGAAGAACAUGAACUUGGGGGGGUGUAAGACAGAGGGCUGAGUCUGUGAAAGAGAGUUAGAGGAGCAAUGUUUCUUUGGUUUCCUUUCACUUGUGGAACAGAGUGGAUGGGGCCAGCGAAAGGGAGGGAGGCCGAGAAAAUGAAGCAGGACGCUGGAAGGUUUCAGAAAAUGUUCAGGAAUUUCAGGAGCAGGUGGCGAGUGGUGACAUGAAAGGAGGACGUGACAAAUGCAACCGACGGGCACUUGAAAAAAAAGGCCUCAAGUUGAAUGGUGGCA